AUGAUUUUCUCACACGAUACGGUCGCUGCGAGUGUGCUACUAGCGUGUCUCAUUGUUUCCACUAUAUCUGUGACCGACGGAUCCGGAAACAUGUGUUCGACAUGCAUCAAAGUGAACGCGACCUGUCACAAUAUCACACAUCUCUUCGAGCUGCGCGCUCACUUCCGGAAUACGGUCGUAAUACACAAAAUGGGCAUACUCCGCUCGGGGAACGUGCUGUACUUCAGCUUCGAGCCAGCGCUCGAGGACAUUGAAUAUUACAAAGUGGGCUUCGUCAAUCUCGACAACCCCGAGCUGUACGGCACAAUCUCGGCCGGCACCAAGGUCAUGAACUUUGGUACCUUCGACGUGGACCAAACCAACGAGUUCGUUUACUUGGGCGGCAGCGACGGAAUAUUCGUACUGGAGACAAAGGAAAACAUCCUGGCCUUCUUCAGCUCGCGUGGCGACUCGAUACAGAACUUGGUCUUCAAGUCCAACGUCUAUUUCGUUAUCAACGGCCAGAGAAAAAUAACGCGCAAGAAAGGCGACAACUUCGAUGCGUAUCUGGAGACAGAUCGGAUCAAAAAUUUCGUCAUAACGAAGAGCGACGUCGUUAUUUACCUUAGUGUUUUCGGUUUGUUUGCGAGCAAACGCAACGAAACGGUGCAGCUGUCGAAGAACGCGUUUUUCAGGGGCAUCACUAUCGAUUUGGACGACACGGUUUACGCGUGGUGGGUCGACGGGAUUUACAAAGUCCUUUUAGAGAAGAAUUUGUCCCAGUCUAGGAUAGAACGGGUGGCUUACUUGCCUAACAUAGGGUCCAUGGUAUUCGACAACGACAAUAAUAUAUUGUUCACGUCGGAUAGAGAUUUAUAUGCUUUAACUAGAACUAACGCUUCAACAGUGUGC